AUGAAUCAUUCAAAAAUCGACACUGAACUCUCAAUUAGUGCGAUUGAAUCCAAAAAUUGCAUAUGGAACAUUGCCUGCGACGAAUAUAAGAAUAGAGAUAUUAAAAAUGCAGCAUUUUUGGAGGUAGCCGCUGUUGUUGUACACAAAUUUGAUAGAACAGACACAAGUUUCGACGCUGAUGAAGCAGGUCAAGAAAACCAAAAUAACGAGGUUGUCGAUUUAUCGGAAUCUGAUGCAGAUGUUGAUGUUGAAGGUUCGGUCAAGGAGUCACAGUUAAGGCAGAACUUUACCUGAACAAAACGCAAGAAAAUUGACGCUUUAGAUAAUCAACUAAUAGCAUUUCUCGAGGAAGAUACAAAAAGUGACCAAGACUAUCACAAAGCAUUUCUAACAUCUCUUUUGCCAACCCUAAAAACUUUUAAUGAAGCACAAACACUUCAGUUUAGAUCUUAAGUGCUUGGUAUAAUAAUGGAAAUCAAAAAUAUUGAACAACAUUCUGUUGUAACUCAUCAAGCACGAUCUGUAUCAACCCAAAAUGUUUCUUCACAGAUACAGCAAUUUAAUGUAGACAAUUCCAACAAUUGAUCAUCAACACCAUCAACAUCGUAUAUUUAUCACUCAUCAGAUCAGGCGUCACUGCAUUCUUCAGAUUCUAUGGCUAUUUUUUUACCUUCACCCAGGUGUAGUGAUACAAACUACCGUCCAACUUUAUUAGAACUGCCUGCGACACAAUUAGAUGACCAGACGCAUUAACAUCGCUAUUCAAUGCUUAUUAUAUUGCAUAAUAUAUCUUUCAAGAAAUCUGAAUUAUUUUCAUUAAGCAAUCUUUGUUCUUUA